GUCCAGGAUUUUGAUAUUUUUGCUGUUAUAAAAUUUCAUAACAGAAACGUACUGUUCAGAGGAGGGUACAGUGGCUUGAAUCGAUCCCAGUUUGUAUAAAUAGAGUAUUUUAUUUUCACUUCUGGUCUUCCAUAGAUUUCUCUGAAAGUGAGAAAGGAAGUGAGAUCGCUGCCGCUCGACUAAUAUUAGUAGUUGUAGUAGUCGUCCGCAGUAACAGUUUUAGAACACUGUGUGAUAAUAACUCUAACACCAGACAUAUCUAAGUAGCUUACUCACCACCGUUGCUACAUCGUUCAUGACAACAUUAAUAUAUCACAUGAUGCUAUAUCCGACCGUCCAAUGAGAUAUCAUAUCAGUAUAAUCAUCACUGAUAUCAUCAAUAAUCGGUGUCGGUGAUCAUUUUUUGACAAACAUGGUAGGAAGAAGCAGAACACCAGCAGUCCGUAGUUAUUAAGUCUUUACUGCUGCACCUUGACCUUCCUCUUCCUGCUCUCUCUACUCAUACAAUAUUAUGUUUCUCUAAAUCAGCCGACAUCCCAGCAGACAGAUGCAGAAAAUGUGGAAAAAGGAAAAUCUUAGGAAAAAUCUUUUACGUGUCAAACAGAUAGCAGAUCAGAACCUCGGACGAGCGGAAAGAUCCGAGGUUCUUUCUGAGGAUUUACUUAGUGUUGAAAAAAGAGUUGAACAAGUGCGAUCAGCAUGCAUGAACACAGCAAAAAAGCUAGAUUUAAGCAUGCAGGGCUCUGGCACAGACAGGGAAAAAAGAUUAAAAAAGCUCCCUGAAACUGGUAUUGGCCAUACUAUGGUAGAAUCAGCAAAUACGUUGGGUUUGGACUCAGUGUUGGGUAAUGUAUUCCUCCUAUGUGGUGAGUGCCAAAAUGGUCAAGCUAAAGAGCUGUUAAAUUAUGAAUUGGAUGUAGAAUCCACUGUAUUAAAUCCAUUGAAUUUAAUUCUUGAAAAUGACAUCCCUACUAUUGUAAAAUUGAGAAAGCAUCUAAAUAAGUUAACAUUAGAUAUGGAUUCUGCACGUAAUCGGUGGACCACAGCAGUACGCCAAUCUCAGUUGAACAGCAACAACAUGGCAGCUGCUGCUUACAAAGCUGACUUGAUUCGUGGAGAGUUAGAAGAUGCAGCUAACAAAGUAGACAGUGCCAAAGAUGCUUUAGCAAUUGAAAUGCUUAAUUUCAUUGCAAAAGAGAAUGACCACUGUGAAAAACUAGUAGCACUCAUGAUGGCACAAGCCAAUUACCACAAAAAUGCCCUUGAAACAAUCGAUAGAGUGAUACCUAAAAUGAAACAAAUGAUUGACACUAAUCCUGUGAAACCUGUCUAUGGUACCUGUCUGUCGGACCAUUUAAGAGUUACUGGACGGAAUAUUGCCUUAGUCAUUGAAGGCUGUGUCUGUACUUUAGUAGAUACAGGCUUAGAGGAGGAGGGUUUAUUUAGAAUAGCAGGAAUGGCUUCAAAAGUAAAAAAAUUGAAGGCAUCGUUUGAUGCUGGUAUAGUAGAUAUGGAGGAAUACGAGCAUGAUUUACAUACUGUAGCUGGGGCCAUGAAACAGUAUUUAAGGGAACUUCCUGAACCUCUUUUGACGUUCGACUUGUAUGCAGAAUUUGUGCAAUCAGUUCAUUUACCACAAGACCAACGUCUGGCUGCUUUAACUGCCACUGUAAAUAAAUUGCCUAAAGAAAAUUAUGACAAUUUUAGGUAUUUAGUGAAAUUUCUUGCAAAAUUAGCGAAGUGUUCCAAUACUAAUAAAAUGACAGCUAGUAAUAUUGCUAUCGUGAUAGGUCCUAAUCUGCUUUGGUCAUCAGAUGAAAGUCUUCCAACAGUACUAUCAACUGGUAAUUUUAGUGUCAUUAUUGAAACAAUAAUCAACAAUGCUGAUUACAUUUUUCCUGGAGACAUACAAUUUCACUUGACAGCCAUGGCCUCAGUCGCAACCAACAACAUCACCUUACAACAACCAACAACACUCUCCUCUGAUGCCAGUACUCACCACCAAAUAAGUGAUCUCCCUUCUCCUUCAUCUUGCCACAAGCGUUCAUUAAGUGGGCAAAUACCACCGCUGCACAAAAAAUCUGCUCCUGCCCAAUCAAGCACUUCUACUGCAGGAACAUCAAUGUCACUGACAACAUCUGUGAUUCCUUUGUCUGAGCUAAGUACACAAUCUGCUCAUACAAGCACUUUAAAUCUUCAUCGGCCUUCAGCAGAUACUAUCGGUACCCAGAGCAGUGGUAGUUCAACACUAACCGGCAGUUCCCUACCAGACAAACUCAACAUGGUUGACGAUGAUACUGGUUUUAGCAAUGGGCCCUAUCAAGGUGAAGGAUUAAUUUCGAACCCUUUGGAAUGUAGUAGCACUGCUAAAGCCACUAACACUUCUCUUGACUUUGAGCCUGGGAAUGCUAUAAAGACAUCACGCUCCAGGUCGGUUCCUCCUGCUCUAGUUUCCAAAAGUUUUCAUUCAGAUGUAUACAAUACAGCUUUUGCCCUCCACUCUUUGGGUGAUGGAAAUUGCUCUGGCUAUAUGACAAAAGUUAGAGCUAUGUGGGAUGACCAGUUUUUGACAAAGCAGCCUUCGGCCUCCACAGAGAGUAACCACUUAGCAGGUCUUAGCAGUGGGGGCACAGAACGGAAUGGUUCCACCCCAGCAGAUAUUGAUUUCUCAGUUGCCCUUGUUGACUCUGACGAUACAAUCAACACCUCAACAAAUUCUGUAACUAGUAAGAAUGAAGUCAUGACUGCUUCAACUGUUACAAAUGCUUUGAGUGGGACAAGUUCAACAAUCCAAACAGUACCAAAAUCAACAACUAGACCAGCAACUAGUACUUCUUGUCAUACUCUUCCUACUCCUCAACCUAUUGCAAUGCAAACUGGAGCUAAUUUAGAAUUAUCAAAAAAACCUCAGAAUCUCUCUACAAGUUGUAUAGCUACUAAUUUUCCUUCUGAUGUGUAAGUAUUAGUUUGCAUGGCUGUUUUUAUU